AUGACCUCGAGAACAUCCUCUUACUCGUCCCAAGCUCCUCGCCAACCUUCGCGGCGUCCUACCCUAAACGCCGCAUUGUCGACGUCUUUGCCAGAUGCGGAUCAAGUCGAAGAUGCUGAUGUACAAGGUGCUGCUGUUGAGCGUCAAAUUGAACAGGAGAUCGCCGAGAUCAAGAGAUAUGAGGACUUCACAACAAUAGAUUGGGUUCAGGAUGCCGCUCAGGAGCGGUUACGGCGAAAAGCACGACGGAAGCGCCGACAAGCCAGUGUCUAUGACAACAGCUACGUCGGGUGGAGGAGCUGGGCCGCUGAGUCCUACGAGGCUGCCCAGGGCUGGAUUGUAGUGACGAUUAUAGGCGUCGCUAUUGGGUUAAACGCCGCUUUUCUCAACAUUGUCUCCGAGUGGUUGUCCGACAUAAAGUUGGGCCAUUGCAAGACAGCAUUCUACUUGAACGAGAACUUUUGCUGUUGGGGAGAGGAUAACGAACGUGAGGACACAGGAUGCAAUGACUGGCAACCAUGGACAGGCUUUGGUCCCAUCAACUACAUCAUUUAUAUUAUAUUCGCGACCAUUUUUGCCUGCACAGCAGCGACGCUGGUCAAAUCUUACGCGCCAUAUGCCGCCGGUUCUGGAAUCUCAGAAAUCAAGUGCAUCAUUGCUGGCUUUGUCAUGAAGGGCUUCCUAGGCUCUUGGACGCUUCUGAUCAAGUCUGUUGGCUUGCCCCUGACUAUCGGGUCUGGGCUCUCGGUCGGCAAGGAAGGACCUAGCGUGCACUACGCUGUGUGUACGGGCAACGUUAUAUCGCGGCUUUUCGCCAAAUAUAGGAGCAACGCAUCCAAGACGCGGGAGAUCCUCAGCGCUUGUGCAGCAGCUGGAGUGGCUGUUGCUUUUGGAAGCCCGAUCGGUGGGGUGCUCUUCUCCCUAGAGGAGAUGUCUAGCUAUUUUCCCCUGAAGACGCUGUGGCGCAGCUAUUUCUGUGCCCUCGUAGCCACUUCAGUGUUGGCUGCCAUGAACCCAUUUCGAACUGGCCAGUUGGUCAUGUUCCAAGUCCAUUACGAUCGUACAUGGCACUUCUUUGAGAUUGCCUUUUUUGCCAUCCUUGGUAUCUUUGGCGGUUUGUACGGCGCAUUUGUCAUCAAGUGGAACCUCAGGGUGGCUGCGUUCCGCAAGAAGUAUCUCAAGGAGUAUCCCAUCAUGGAGGCGUCCUUGUUGGCGUUCAUCACGGCCAUACUCUGCUUUCCCAAUGCGUUUCUACGGAUAGAGAUGACGGAGAGCAUGGAGAUUUUAUUUCUCGAGUGUGAGGGUGCCGAGGACUACCAUGGGCUUUGCGAGGCCAAGAACAGAGCGUGGAACAUCACGUCACUCUUGAUCGCCUUGAUCUUGCGAACUGGUCUCGUCAUCAUUUCAUAUGGCUGCAAGGUGCCCGCCGGAAUCUUCGUGCCAUCCAUGGCCAUUGGUGCCUUGUUUGGCCGCACCAUUGGCAUCGUGGUGCAGGCACUUCAGGAGUCCUUCCCGAGCAGUUCGUUCUUCUCGAGUUGUGCACCCGACGUACCUUGCAUCACCCCCGGAACGUACGCAUUUCUCGGUGCUGCCGCUGCGCUCAGUGGCAUCAUGCACAUCACAGUUUCGGUCGUUGUAAUUAUGUUUGAGCUGACGGGAGCUCUGGAUUACAUAUUGCCAACGAUGAUUGUUGUGGGAAUCACGAAAAUGGUGAGCGAUCGACUUGGCCAUGGAGGAAUCGCCGACCGUAUGAUCUGGUUCAACGGUUUCCCUUUCUUGGACAACAAGGAGGAGCACAACCUCGGCCUGCCUGUAUCGGCUGCCAUGACCUCCGACUUGGAUACCAUACCCGUCACGGGCAUGACCAUGGAGUCGGUCGAGCGAUUACUAGCCAAGGAUAACUAUCAAGGCUUCCCAAUUGUCGAGGAGAACACCAGUACAGCAGAGAGCAGUAACAACGCUCGACGUGGCCGUAACCUGGUGGGAUUCAUUGGGAGGACGGAGUUGCGGUAUGCUGUCGACCGGGCCCAGCGCGAACGACAAAUAAGCCCGUCGGCCAAAUGUAACUUUAUGCCGAGCGACGUCAACGCAGUGACGCCAAUUACGCCUGCAGAGCAUGCUAGGAGGGCCAGCUUUGUGGGCAACGGGUCUACUGUCGACUUUAGCAGAUUCGUGGACCCGACGCCGGUUACCGUGCAUCCUCGCUUGCCGCUCGAGACGGUUAUGGAGCUGUUCCGCAAGAUCGGGCCGCGGGUGAUUCUGAUUGAGCACCGCGGCAGACUCCUUGGUCUCGUAACCGUCAAGGACUGUCUCAAGUAUCAGUUCAAGGCCGAGGCGGCAGAGAAUGGGCCGUCAUCUCGAGCAGACGAAGAUGAGGUCCAAGAGAAAAUCUGGGCCUUCAUACAACGCGCUGCGUGGUGGGUGGGGGACAAGGUAUCUCUCGCUUCCGGGGGGCGCAUAAGAUUGAACAGCAGUUUUGACGAAACAAGCCGCGUGAGCAGGUCUGGUCACCAAGCCGGACAUAGCGGAAAUCCCAGGAGCACCACCGGCCAGAUCCUCGAGGGAACGGAGGAUGAGAUGGGCGACGAGGUUGGGGCUGUUGAGAUGGAAUAUAGAUAA